AUGGAAGCUGCUGAUAUUGCAAAUAUCGUGAAGGGAAAAGCGAGUACAACUCAAUUGGAGCAACCAAGUACAGCUCAGGUCCUCAACGAACUUCCAUCAUACCAUGUUAUCCAUUUCGCCUGCCAUGGAGUGUCUGACCCAGAGAGUCCCUCAGAUAGACAUUUACUUCUUUGUAAAAAUGAUGGCUCUGAGUCGGGAACACUCGCGGUCAAUAAAUUAAUUGUUGGGGCGAUCUCGAACACGAAAUUUCAACAUUCGCAGAUAGCAUAUUUUUCAGCCUGCAGCACGGCAGAGAACUCCUCGACUACAUUGGCCGACGAAUCAAAAUAUAUUGCCAGUGGCUUUCAGCUGUCCGGAUUUAGCCAUGUGCUUGCGAUGCAGUGA